CCAUCAGCCAUCAGGCGCACAUAUAUAAACCAGAGAGCCGCAGAUUCCCUCCACAACAAACACAACCACAAAAGCAGAGAGCACACAAACUAAAACCAUAAAUGGUGAAGCACAGCGUCGAGAAGUCAGUUGCAGAGAGAAGCGACUCAAAAUUCAAGGGUGUUAGGAAAAGAAAAUGGGGUAAGUGGGUGUCAGAAAUCAGGCUACCGAAUAGCCGGGAUAGAAUUUGGUUAGGGUCGUAUGAUUCUGCAGAAAAGGCCGCACGAGCCUUCGAUGCGGCCCUCUUUUGCUUACGGGGUCGAGUUGCGAAAUUUAAUUUUCCAGAGAACCCUCCAAACAUAGCGGGUGGCAGGUCACUUUCUCCAGCUGAGAUUCAAGAAGCUGCAGCAAGGUUUGCCAAUUCGGAGCCUCAGAGAAGCCGACCGGACCGGUUUGAAACAGAUCAAUCCGUAUCUGUAUCCGAAUCCCGAGCAGAAUCUCCCUGUCCUUCUGUUGCAUCUGAUGGGACUGUCCAGAUGGAAGGUGGUGAAUUGAUGUGGGAUGGGCCGUUUUUGGAUAUGUUAAUGAAUACGGGUUCGUGUAGUCACUCCACGGAAUACGGGAUAUUUCAGGGCUUUGAUGAUCUUUACAAUGAUUUUUUCCCACCAUCAUUAAUUCCUAAUCUUGAUUAUGGAGAGGAGACCAAUCUUGAUGUCCUAGAACAAGAUUCGUUUCUAUGGAAUUUCUAAAGAAACUUAUUUUUUGGUCGGUAAUUCUGGAUUGUUUUAGUUCCUAGAAACACUGACAAAAUUCUUUUUACUAGGUAAGGUUUACUUGAGGGAACAUCUUUGAAAGGCAUUCUUUUUUCCCUUUAGACUUAAACAUCACAAUUACGGUGUUAAGUUUGUAGAUUUUGUAUGUUAUUUUCUUGAAAUUUAAUAUCAAUAAAAGAACUUUUUCUUGUUAAA